CAUGCUGUGCUUUGAAAUGCAGAACCAAGCCACCUCUCCCGAGGAAAAGGGAAGCAUUUUUACUCUAUACAUGCUCUUCUAUAACUCCGAAGGUGAGAUCAGUUAUUGAGCAGCACUUAUAAGCGGAUCCCAAAGCAAUCUGUACUUCAGGGGAUUUGAAUUCUAUUUGAAACGCUGACAUAUUCAGCAGGAAGUUUUGAGGAUCACUUGAGUAAUAACUAUCAUGGAACCAGCGUUUGGAGAAGUAAACCAGUUAGGAGGUGUAUUUGUCAAUGGCAGACCACUGCCAAAUGCCAUUAGACUGCGGAUAGUCGAACUGGCCCAACUGGGGAUUCGACCCUGCGAUAUCAGUAGACAGCUCAGAGUUUCACACGGUUGUGUCAGUAAAAUUCUGGCUCGGUACAACGAGACCGGUUCCAUAUUGCCCGGUGCGAUCGGAGGCAGCAAACCCAGGGUGACGACCCCCACAGUGGUCAAACACAUUCGAGCUUACAAGCAGAGGGAUCCAGGGAUUUUUGCGUGGGAGAUCCGAGACAGACUGUUGGCUGAUGGAGUCUGCGAUAAAUACAACGUCCCUUCGGUGAGCUCCAUCAGCAGAAUCCUACGCAACAAGAUCGGAAACUUGUCGCAGCAGAACAAUUACGAAUCGAGUAAAACUCCAGCGCACCCGUCUCCACAAUCGGCUCUCCAGUACAAUGCAAUUUAUUCUUAUUCGAGUCCCAUAACAACGGCCGGAGGUAAAAUGCCAGCGUCGCCCGGUGUACCCGCAAUCCCAGGACACGUGGGAAUUCACAGGACCUGGCCUUCAUCACACUCUGUCUCUGACAUCCUGGGGAUUAGAGCAAUCAUCGAGCAGCAAGGUGCUAUUCCCAUUAGUGACAGUUCUUCCUAUCCAACUAAAGUGGAGGAGUGGAACAGUAUAAACAGGAGCCACUUCCAGUCCUCAAACCAGGCUGCAGUGAAUGGACUGGACAAGUCCCCAUUGGAGCAGGAAGUCAAAUAUACUCAGGGUCCUAAUGGUCUGCCUACAGUUAGCAGCUUUGUCUCUGUUCCAAGUAUGGCUCCUUAUCCUCCACCUGCACAAGUAUCUCCCUAUAUGACAUACAGUGCAGCUGCCUCCAGUUACAUGGCAACCCACGGCUGGCAACACGCAGGUGGCAGCACACUACCAACUCAUAGUUGUGACCUUCCCACACCACUGCCAUUCAAAAGUAUUCAAGCAACCAGAGAAGCAGAGGACACAAAGUCAAACAGCCCUCCAAGUAAAUCUACAGGAUCCUAUGCAGGCUCACAGGGUCAAACACAGCUAGGGUAUAAAGUUAGCUAUUUGAAGACCUGAACAAAUGUCUUUAAGAAGUUGAUCAGAAGGUUCAAGCUUCACGUGAAAGCUUUAAAUGGACUCAAAUCGUGGACUUGUAGUGUAACCACUGUGAAAAGCAACUUCUGCUCUAGAUGAUGGCUUUAGCAUUGACCCUACAAUUCAGGUGAAAAGUUAACAUAUUUUCAUGAUAAUUUCAAGAAAGUUUCUAUUUGAAAUGAAUGUACAUCAGCUUGCUGUGAAGUUUACAUCUAUGUAAAUAAUCGUUCUUUUUUGUGAGGAUAAUGGUGGUGGUAAAAAGAAUGCUUAUAAAUUGUAUUUAAUUAUAAUUAUUACUUCAUCUAUGAAAUGUCAGUAAAUUAGGUCGUAACUGCUAAUUGGGCACCAAAACAAAUCUGCAAUCCUCACAAAGCAUAAAUAAUCUGUCAUCAAUUUAUGU